AAUUGCAUACGUGCAUAUGCAUACAAAUUAAACAAAGUACUAUACAUGUAUUUGUUUCAUCUCAUUUAAUACACGCCAUGUCUUCUCCAUUUCCACACAUUUUUUUCCAGCUCAAAAACCUCUUCGCUCACCAUAUUACACACACACACACUCAUUGUUAGUAUUUAAACAUAUUGUUCAUGUAUUUACACACUAAUAAUAUAUACGCAUUUACAUGCAUAAUAAAUAUAUAUACACUAGUAUAAAUUUAGAGAGAGAGAGAGACUAAGAGAGAGAGAGAGUAGAGAGAGAAAGAACUUGAAGGGGUCUAUCAAAGUGGCCGGAAAAUGGCGACUGGAUGGAUGAAGUCAUUGCAGUGCAAGUCAAAAGCAUUAGACGACGUCGUUCACCACCACCGGAACCCUAAAAACCACCACCACCACCACCACUCGUCCAGCUGCAAAAGCAGCCUCCAGAAUAUCAAAGACGUGGUUGAAACCACCAGGCCGUCCAAACCCAAGAAGCCAAAGCCACAGAAACCUCCCCACGCGCCGCCGUUCAAACGGCCCGUUUCAAGAAAACCCGAACCCGGUUUAAAUCUGCAGCCCGCCAUCGGAACCCGGCCUGCCGGCGCCGACUCGUGCUUCUCGACGCUCACCGAGCUGCCUAAAGGCCACCCGUCGCGUAAUGUGGUGGAGAUAAUAUUCCAAACCAGCUGGGGCGAGAAGAAUUUCUCGGGUCAGGUGGAAAUGGUGUUCAAGGUCCAGAAUUUGACCCGGACUUUGACCCGGUUCGAAGAGUACAGGGAAGAUGUGAAAUACAGGGCGAGUUGCGCCGCCGCCGCCGCAGGCAAGGGCGGUGAGGACCACGUGCGGUGCGCCGCUGACGGGAAUGAGGUCAUGAGGUUCUAUUGCCUCGGCCCCGCCGCCACAACUGGCGGCGCGUGUGAUACCGGCGGAGGCGCGUGGGCAUUCCACGGUGGCAAAAUGGGAGCUGCGUGUACGUUUUCCGGGAGUGGUGUAGCCCACGAGAACGCGGGUGGCGGCAGAGGGCGGAGGACCAUGCUGGUUUGCCGGGUCAUAGCGGGUCGGGUUUGUAAGCAACUCGGUCUUGACUCGUUGCUACAAGGGCGGAUGUGUUAUGACUCAGUGGGUGGGGAGAAAGGAGAACUGUUCGUAUUUGAUACACGUGCGUUAUUACCGUGUUUCCUUAUCAUCUACAAAUUGUAAAAGUACACAUAAGAGUAAGAUUCUGGCAUUUAUCCAUCCAAUUUUCUUCAUUUUAAUUUUUUUUUUCUUUUUUUUUUUUUUGAAUAUUUUGAAGUUUAUUCUCUUGUAGUUUUUUGAGUUGUAAUUAUAGAAAAUUGGGUUGAUAAAUGUUUUCCAAAGAGAAAAGAAGCCUCUCAUUUGUCUAUUCAUUUUCUUAGUUUGUAUU